CAACGUCAUUGACCGCCCACCUUAUAAAUAUUAAUGUACCAAACGUCCCUGCGUGCCCAUACGCGAUGACGCACCGCGACAACUGCGGGUCCCGAUUGCUGCAGCCGCUUGUCAGUGUGACGAAGAUUGGCACUCAGACUGACUACCUGUUGGAGCAAUCUACAAUGCCUGAGUGCUUGCAGCCUCUGCAUUGAAUGUGAUGGCAGCCCAUUCGGUUUCCAUAGAAAAAUACUCCAAGGGAAAGCCACAGCAGAUGCAAGGAGUAGCCAAGGUAGAGAGUGAUUCAGAAGAAAAGUUUGAGGGGAUGUUAGCAGAGCCACCCAGCCCGACAUUCACAGAUCCACUGACGCCCAUGGACGUGGACAAAGCCUCAAUAUAUCGACACCCCUUGUUUCCAUUGUUGGCUCUGUUGUUCGAGAAGUGUGAGAUGUCAACUCUCAGUUCUGAAUGCAUCACCUCUGCAAGCUUUGAUGUUGACAUUGAGAACUUUGUUCGCUGUCAGGAGAAAGACGGAAAACCCUUUUUCAGUGAAGACCCAGAACUUGACAACUUGAUGGUAAAGGCUAUCCAGGUUCUGCGAAUCCACCUGCUGGAGUUGGAGAAAGUGAGUGACCUGUGUAAGGACUUCUGCAGCCGAUACAUUGCUUGCCUCAAGACUAAAAUGAACAGUGAGACCCUGCUGAGUGGAGAGCCUGGUAGUCCUUACUCUCCUGUUCAAAGCCAAACCCCAAGUUUCUCGCCAACCAAAUCCCAGGUCCCCUGCUCCAUCUCAGGGAGUCCUCAGGGUCAAAUUGUGGUUCCAGCUUCAGCCUUGCAACAAGGAAAUGUCACGGUCACAGCAGUAAAUCCCACCCAGGUUGUUGCAGGUAUGUCAUCCUGGCAUACUACCGCACCGGCAGGUGGCACAGUGUAUCAACCUGUAACAGUAGUCACUCAUCAGGGCCAGGUCGUAACACAGGCCAUUUCCCCAGGGACUCUACGUGUCCAAAACAAUCAGCUCCAGCUGCGGUUUCACCAGGACUUGAACCUCUUCAAUCAUGAUGACAACUCAACAAAAAACAAACGUGGAGUUCUACCCAAACACGCCACCAAUGUCAUGCGAUCAUGGCUUUUCCAGCACAUUGGGCACCCUUAUCCAACAGAAGAUGAAAAGAAACAGAUAGCCAGUCAGACAAAUCUGACACUUCUACAGGUCAAUAACUGGUUUAUAAAUGCUCGAAGACGGAUUUUACAGCCCAUGUUGGAUGCUAGCUCCUCUGAGACGCCUAAAACUAAAAAGAAGACACCUCAAAACCGGCCACUGCAGCGCUUCUGGCCCGACUCCAUUGCCUCAGGGGGUGGCACGCCGCAGCAAGUUACAAUGCCAGACGGUACAAUGGUGACAAUGAAUGUGGAGGGUCUGCACAGCCUGACAUCAGAUGGCGCAACACUGGCAGUACAGCAAGUGAUGCUAGGCGGCCAUAGUGAAGAUGAGUCUGGGGACAGUGGAGAUGACGACGACGAUGCAGAUAUGUCUGGGCUGGGCCUCGACAACAGCGACUCACUGCAGUAGAUCUUUUAGACGAACAUGUACACUACGUUGUUCACACAAAAUGUGUAAAAUAAGUCAAUAGAACUGAAGUAACCAGGUUUUCUGGCGGUUGUGCACAAGCGUUAGGUUUAUACAGAGCACAACACAGGAAUAUAUGGCAAUUGUUCCACACUUCCUAAAAUCCACCCUUGCUGUGCGUGUUUUUCAAAAACUGUUUUUAAUUAGUUGAUGUAGCCGAUUGCACUUUGUAUAUUUAAGCUAAAAAAAAAAAAAAAAACAACUUAAGAAAAAGUGUUAAACACCAGAAGCAAGUUUGUAUGCUACAUUGAUGAAUAUUGAAAAAUGUAAUAUUGUUUUUCUUCACCCCUCUUGAAUUGUAACUUUGGAUGACAACACUUUGAAGUUGUAUUUGUGAGGAUUCGUCUCUUUUUUGCAUGCUUGUGUUUUGAGUAGAUGUGCGCAAGACUUACUCUACAGCUCUCACAUGGACCUCUGCAAACGAGCAAAGCUCUAGGAGUUUCAAAAUAAAAGAUGCUUAUUUUUGUAUACAUAAAGUUUUUUUCAUGUUUUGUUUUGUUUUGUAACAAAUGUCAAUGUACAGAAUGCAGCAACCUUAUUUUCCAAGGUUCUUAAAUGUUUUCUUAAGGAGGUAGAAAAAAAUGAAUAAUUUCGUACAUUAUUUAAAUUGGUUUUAAAAUGAAAAGUCCUGUGUUCUUAAAGAAAUGCAGUAAUACUGCUAACGAGGACAAAAGUCAAAAUGGAUUGGCACAAAAACAAACUAAAAACUGUAUUUAACAGUCUAAGACCAUCAAGAAUUUCUCUUCAGUACCUGAAGAGUUUACCUCGUGUUUUUUUAAAUGACUGAUAUUUUUAACAUUAUUGUGUGUUAUUGUCUCUGCUUCAUUAAGCAUUUUGCAAAAGUAGUUGAGGUGGGAAUUUGAAAUGUAUAAUCCAGUACACUAUGCUGAUAAUACAAUCACUACAUUGAGUGCUCGGGAAUCCCUUGGAGGAACAAAAAGGACACCCUGGAACUCAACUAAGCAGACAUUUUAUUUAUGUACACACAGAUCAAACGCUUGGAAUUCUGAGUUCCCCUGCCACUACAGACACGUUGUCUUUUUUUUUUUGGAGGAGGGGUCUUCAAUGUGAUAGAAAGCCUGGAUGAGCAUGGAAAGUUUGAAAACGUGACGUCUCUUUUUCAUGCCUGUUUUGUUUUUUGACGACACAUUAUCUUGUCUGGUAUGCCUUAGAGUUUUCUAUUUUGGAAUAAAGAAUAUAUUAACUCUUCAUUGCAUCAGUCACUCUAUCAACCUGAAUGGCUUCCAUCAAAUAUAGCAGUCUACUGAAAAGGUAGAUUCAUUUGCUCACUUGUUGAGUUGCGAUCCUUAUCUAUUUGGAUGAAACAAAAUGGACCUACUUAAAAGGAAAAUACAUGUUUGUUGUAAAAUUAACACACCACCACCAAGUUUUGUUGAGAAUCUUGUCAUAUUUGGAUUGUUGGGGG